AUGACCCCCCACAUCACCUGCUACCGCGGUCCUGAUACAGACGAGCGUUGCCCCACCAAGCGCCACAACGCCAUCACCCUCCAAUCGCCACGGGCCCCCGCCGCCGUUACCGUUCAGACGACCGCGGCCUCACCUACCGCCAUGACGAUCCCACCGUCACCCACUGUUAUGAAUUUUAAACGCCAUCGCCACCCCCCAAGCCCCACAACCUGCCGCCCAACGUCCAUAUUUCCUCAUCCCAACGCCUAG